UUUUCGACUUCUUUUUGAUAAAAUGAUUGAGAGCUUAAUGUUAAUAGUUGAAAUUGUUAAUUAUUUUAUUUAUUACUGUUAACGCUAAUUUCAGUUUGAAUUCUUGCUUUGUUGUUUUUCAUUGGAAUAGUUUUAUUUUCUCCACUUGUACUCGAAAGAUGAGUGUUAUCGAAGGCGUUGAUAAAGUUAAAGGGUCACGAAUGCAACUGAACAAAUCGUUGAGCAACACUGCUCAGUGGGUCAAAUUGAAUGUGGGAGGCACUUGCUUUAUGACUACAAAGACAACGUUGUGCCGAGAUCCCAAUUCAUUCCUGUGCAGACUGUGUUCAGAGGAAUCCGAUCUCAUUUCCGACAUGGAUGAAACUGGUGCAUACAUGAUUGAUCGUGAUCCGACAUAUUUUAGUCCCAUUUUAAAUUACCUUCGUCAUGGAAAAUUGGUUUUGAAUAAAAAUCUUGCAGAAGAAGGCGUGUUGGAAGAAGCCGAAUUCUAUAAUAUUACCGAAUUAAUAAACAUAGUAAAAGAAAGGAUAUUACAAAGAGAUAAGAAACUUUGUUCUGAACAAGUGAAAAAACAUACUUACAGAGUGUUACAAUGUCAUGAAGAUGAACUUACGUGGAUGAUAUCAACGAUGUCAGAUGAAUGGAAAUUUGAACAAUUGGUAAACAUAGGAUCUAAGUACAACUAUGGAAAUUAUGAUCAAGCAGAAUUCCUGUGUGUUGUAUCUAGAGAAGAGGGUGUUGCUGACUCCCCAAAAACUGAAUCAACCGAUAAAGCAAAGGAAUUGCAACAACGAGCUUCGCGUAUGUGAUAUAUGCAGUCAACUAAAUCUGUAAUCAUGAGAGUAUGUACAUUCAUUAAGACA